GUCUUGCCGGAAAGCAGCACGCCGCCGCGGCAUUUUACGACGUCGGCGUUGAAAGUCUCUGGAAACGCUCCGACUUCCUCCACGAAGUGGGGCGAAAGGCGGCGCAAUGUUCGGUGCGGUCGACGAAGACGAUACCGACUUCCUCUCGCCUAGCGGCGGUACCAGAUUGGCUUCUCUUUUUGGACUGGAUCAAGCAGCUGCUGGCCAUGGAAAUGAAUUCUUCCAGUACACAGCUCCAAAGCAACCCAAGAAAGGCCAGGGAACAGCACCAACCGGGAAUCAGGGGACACCAAAAACAGCGCCCAGCACGGCAGGCACUUCCACGUUGUUGGUUGCCACAGCAGUCCAUGCCUAUCGUUACACAAAUGGUCAAUAUGUAAAGCAGGGCAAAUUUGGUGCUGCAGUCCUGGGAAAUCACACAACCAGAGAGUAUAGUAUUCUUCUUUAUAUCAGCCAACAACAGCCAGUAACUGUUGCCAGGAUUCAUCUGAACUUUGAGCUGAUGGUUCGGCCCAAUAACUAUAGCACCUUUUAUGAUGACCAGAGACAAAACUGGUCCAUCAUGUUUGAGUCAGAAAAGGCUGCCGUGGAGUUCAAUAAACAGGUUUGCAUUGCCAAGUGCAACAGCACCUCUUCCCUGGAUUCAGUGUUGUCACAGGACCUGACGGUGGUGGAAGGCCCUGCUGUAGAAGCUGGAGAUUCUUUAGAAGUGGCCUACACCAGCUGGCUCUUUCAGAAUCACGUUCUGGGCCAGGUUUUUGAUUCCACUGCUAACAAAGAUAAGCUUCUUCGCCUGAAAUUGGGGUCAGGAAAAGUCAUCAAGAGCUGGGAGGAUGGAAUGGUGGGCAUGAGGAAAGGAGGGAAGCGGUUGCUUAUCAUCCCCCCAGCCUGCGCUGCUGGCUCUGAAGGGGUAAUAGGAUGGACUCCCUCAACAGACUCGAUCCUGGUGUUCGAGGUGGAGAUUAGGCGGGUCAAAUUCGCUCGAGAUUCUGGCUCUGACGGGCACAGCGUUAGUUCCCGGGAUUCUGCAGCCCCUUCUCCCAUCCCUCCUGCUGACGGCAUCUCUGCUGAUCCUAUUGUGUCGCCAUCCACAUCGGUGCCUUUCAAAUCAGGGGAGUCAGCUCUUCGUUCCAAAUCUAACUCCCUUAGUGAACAGCUUGCAGUAAAUACAAAUCCUGAUACCGUCAAGGCCAAGUUGAUCUCUCGGAUGGCUAAAAUGGGCCAGCCCAUGCUGCCCAUUCUUCCACCACAGCUGGAUUCUAAUGAUUCAGAAAUUGAAGACGUGAAUGCUCCUCGAGGAGCUAGGCAGCCCUUGGCGACCCCAUCCGUCCAGCCCUCUCUUCAGCCAGCCCAUCCAGUGCUCCCACAGAUGACCUCACAAGCACCUCAGCCACCUGCUUCCGGCCUCCAAACACCAUCUGCUGCUUUGGUGCAAGUUGCAUCUCUUGAUUCCCACUCAGCUGUAUCUGGAAAUGCCCAGUCCUUUCAGCCCUAUGCAGGUGUGCAGGCCUACGCUUACCCCCAGGCACCAGCUGUCACUUCCCAGCUGCAGCCCGUUCGGCCCUUGUACCCCGCACCACUCUCGCAGCCUCCUCAUUUUCAAGGAUCAGGUGACAUGGCUUCAUUUCUCAUGACUGAAGCCCGGCAACAUAACACUGAAAUUCGGAUGGCAGUCAGCAAAGUGGCCGAUAAAAUGGAUCAUCUAAUGACUAAGGUUGAAGAGUUACAGAAGCAUAGUGCUGGCAAUUCCCUGCUCAUUCCCAGCAUGUCGGUGACCAUGGAAACAAGCAUGAUUAUGAGCAACAUACAACGAAUUAUUCAGGAAAAUGAAAGGUUGAAGCAAGAGAUCCUUGAAAAGAGCAGUCGGAUAGAAGAACAGAAUGACAAGAUUAGUGAACUAAUUGAACGAAAUCAGAGAUAUGUUGAGCAGAGUAACCUGAUGAUGGAGAAGAGGAACAACUCACUUCAAACUGCCACAGAAAACACACAGGCAAGAGUUUUGCAUGCUGAGCAAGAGAAGGUAAAGAAACCGGGGAGAGAAAAGCCCAAGUCAGGAUGUGUAGAGCCAAGGAGUGUGUCCUCUGCCAAGGUGACGGAGGAGCUCGCUGCUGCCACUGCACAGGUCUCUCAUCUGCACCUGAAAAUGACGGCCCACCAAAAGAAAGAAACAGAGCUGCAGGUCCAGCUCACAGAGAGCCUGAAGGAGACAGACCUCCUCAGGGGCCAGCUCGCCCAACUGCAGGCAGAGCUCUCAGAGCUCCAAGAAACCUCCCAGCAAGUGCAGUCCAAACUCAAGAGUGAAAAGCAGAGCCGCAGACAGCUGGAACUCAGGGUGACCUCCCUGGAGGAGGAGCUGACUGACCUGCGAACUGAGAAGGAGUCUCUGGAAAAGAACCUCUUAGAAAGGAAAAAGAAGUCCGCUCAAGAGCGCUGCCAGGCUGAGGAGGAGAUAGACGAAAUUCGCAAAUCACACCAGGAGGAACUGGACAAACUUCGACAGCUCUUGAAGAAGGCUCGGGUGUCCACCGACCAAGCAGCUGCAGAGCAGCUGUCUCUAGUACAGGCUGAGCUGCAGACCCAGUGGGAAGCCAAGUGUGAGCAGCUGCUGGCCUCUGCCAAGAAUGAACACCUGCAGCAGUACCAGGAGGUGUGUACACAGAGAGAUGCCAGUCAGCAGCAGCUGCUCCAGCUGGAGGAGAAGUGUUCAGCCCUCCAGGCCCAAGUCACAUCCCUGAGAGAGCAAAAUGCACAGCACGUCAAGGACCUAGAGAGCAAGGCCCAGAUGUCUGGGGUCGAAGCCACUGCCGCUGACCCCUCAGAAAAGGUCAAGAAGAUAAUGAACCAGGUGUUUCAGUCCUUGCGGGGAGAGUUUGAGCUGGAGGAGUCUUACAGUGGCAGGACCGUUCUGGGGACCGUCAUGAAUACCAUCAAGAUGGUAACCCUUCGGCUGUUAAACCAACAUGAGCAAGAGAAAGGAGAGAGCAGCAAUGAAGAGGAAGAGGAAGAAGACGAGGCGCAACCUCGGAGCCCUUCGGGACAGUCUCAGGCACCCUUGGACGGGGAGAGCCAGGGGCCCCCUGCAGUGCUGUCGGAGCGGGUGGUCCAGGAAGAUGCCCCGCUGUCUCCUCAGGGCUGCCCCACUCCCCAGGAUGACGCACAGAGAAGGGAAGGGGAGCCCUCAGAAACAGAGGCAAGCUUAGAGAUAAAAGAAUGUUCGGUCCCUCCCGAACUGGCUUGCCUCCCCUCCCGAAGAGCUCUGGGGCCCCCAACUUCAAUUCCCCCCAGGCCUCCAGGCCCCGUAGCUGUGGACUCUGAGGGCGAGGAAGCACUGGGAGACGCCCAUGUCAGGGAGGAAGAAAGCUCCACGAGACUGUCCCUGACCUCAGACCCCGAGAAGGUGGACCCACUGGCCAUGGGGCCUGAAAGUCCAGGAGGAGAGCCUCAGCCUCCAGAGCUCCAGGAAGACAGGGAUGUCACAAGCUCGGCUGCUCCCUCCCAGGAACCGUGCGGCCCAGAGGCAGCUCCGGCAGCUGUGGGAGCAGCACUUGGAUCUGAACACUGUUCUCAGCAUUCCAGCCUCUCUGAGGAUGAAGAGGAUGAACUGUUUAAAGGGGCAUCUCUGAAAGUUCCGAAGCCCAAAGCACAGGCUGAGGAGGAGGAUGAAGACGAAGUGAGCAUGAAGGGACGCCCGCCCCCAGCACCCCUUUUUGGAGAUGAUGACGAUGAUGAUGACAUUGACUGGCUGGGAUGAAGACCCAGGAAACCGGUGCAAAGGCUUCUCUACCAACCCUUCCCUAGGCAUGAUUUGCACAGCCAGCGCUGGCUUUAGACGAGCCACGGGGUGAGGUGAAGGUGAGCACGCUGAGGACAGUAGUUCAGAUGCCUGAGCUGGCCCACCUCCAAGCCCCCGCCUGACCCGGUGAAGCAGCGUGGGACCCUGUCUUCAGAACACUGGGGUUGGCAGCAGCCCGCCCUGGUCCUGCCUCAGAGUCCCCCAUGGAGAAAGGGCUGGGGGGCUCCCCUCCAGCGAGUCCCUGUGAAAGUCGUGCCCUCUCCCAAGCUUUUUAUUCUCUGAACUCCCAGACUGACCUGCCUGUCAGUGCUCAACUGUGUCCCAGCGCCAGUACUGUCCCCUGUGGUAAGGUCUCCCCUGGUAGAGCUGGUAGAGGGUAAAGUACCCCAUCUAAACCCAGUUAACAGCCUUGCCUGCAGUCCUGGGACGUAUAUCUUUUCUCUGCCUUAAAUCUGAUAUAAGAGGUCAAUGAAUAUUUGAAAUUAACAGAACAAAAAUAAAUGUCUGCAAUGAAA